AUGAUUUUUCGGUGAGAGUAGCUAAAUUCACGUGGCAUUUAAAGAACACGUAUUGUGAUAGAAUUUUAAUAUUUUCGGUAUGGAGGGAGAUAAUGACACACUACUCAUUAAAAUCGAACCAAAACAAGAAAAAGAAAUCGAUGCCGAUCUUCAGGGACACAUUUCAAUAAGCAACGAUGCCUUGGUGACAAUCAAGGACGAAGUUACUAUUGGUACCUUAUGUUCUAAAUCUCUUUGUAAGGAAGAAGUACAACAAGGAAAUUUUUUAACUUCGUGUAAAACACUGUCUAAAGACUUUAAAUGUGCUGAUUGUAAUUAUGAAUCGAAUUAUAAACACAACUUUAAACAGCAUCUUUUAACACAUAGAGUUUGUAAGGAUUUUAAAUGUGCUACUUGUUAUUAUGAGACAAAUACUAAAUACCUCCUGAAACGACAUGUUUUAAUACAUAAAGUUUCUAAGGAUUUUAAUUGUGCUGAUUGUGAUUAUGGGACAAAUGUUAAAGGCAACUUUAAUCGACAUCGUCUAAUACAUAGAGCUUCUAAGGAUUUUAAAUGUGCUAAUUGUGAUUAUGGGACAAAUAAUAAAAGCAACUUUAAACAACAUAUUUUAACACAUAAAGUUUCUAAGGAUUUUAAAUGUGUUAAUUGUAAUUAUGGAACAAGUAAUAAAAGCCACUUUAAACAACAUCUUUUAACACAUAAAGCUUCUAACGAUUAUAAAUGUGCUACUUGUUAUUAUAAGACAAAUACUAAAUACCUCCUGAAACGACAUGUUUUAAUACAUAAAGUUUCUAAGGAUUUUAAAUGUGCUGAUUGUGAUUAUAAGACAAAUGAUAAACGGCACUUCAAGCAACAUCUUUUAACACAUAAAGUUUCGAAGGAUUUUAAAUGUGCUUCAUGUAAUUAUGGAACAAGUAAUAUACACCUCUUCAAACGACAUCUUUUAACGCAUCAAGUUUCUAAAGAUUUUAAAUGUGCCGAAUGUGCUUAUGAGACAAAUUAUAAAAGUAACUUUAAACAACAUCUUUUAACACAUAAAGUUUCUAAGGAUUUUAAAUGUGGUAAUUGUAAUUAUGAGUCAAAUUAUAAACACAACCUUAAACAACAUCUUUUGACACAUAAAGUUUGUAAGGAUUUUAAAUGUGCUACUUGUGAUUAUGCGACAAAUGAUAAAAGUGCCUUCAAACAACAUCUUUUACAACAUAAGGCUUCUAAGGAUUUGAAGUGUGCUGAUUGUGAUUAUGGGACAAAUUCGAAACGCAAUUUAAAACGGCACCGUUUAAAACAUAAAGUUUUGAAAGAUUUUAAAUGUGCUCGCUGUGACUUUGAGACAAAUUUUAAAUUCCAUCUUAAAAAACAUCUUUUAAAACAUAAAGUUGAUGGUUGAUGAUUAUGGUAUAAAUAAUAAACACCUCUUCAAGUGACUUUUUUAAUACAAAAAGUUUCGUAAGAUUUAUAUGUGCUGAUAUGGACAAACAACCAAAUAUACCUUUAUCCAGCCUCUUGUUGUUAUUCAAUUAUAUAUGUAUGUAAUACUUAUCUCAUUGAGUAUCUCUGAUGUACUGUUACAAUUGGCUAAAGUUACUUAAUUUGCGUUAAUUUUCAAAUUUCAAGUGUAGUUGUGGUGUAACCCAGAAUAAACAAAGUGGUGUGUAAAAAAAGAGAUAUCGAAACAAUUUACACGAGUAAUGUUCUCCAAACGGUUCGUUAAUACUUGUGAUUACAAUUCAAGAAGUGCAGGUCAACAAACUUCGUGUAGAAUUUACCUAGCCGGUAAUAUAGAAACUUAUCUAUGGCGUGCUUGACUUGAUAAGAUGGCGGUGGACCUCCCCAAAUAAAUCUUCCUUGCUUAAUAUUAAGAAAAUCCAAAAUUCGGCGGGUUCCGCUCAAGAAUAUCGAUAUAGAAAUCACAAUCCAGUAGGUAAUAAUGAAGAAAAGAGAGUAAACCAGAAGUAAGAAGCCUAAAAAUGAUUAUUCAAAGUCAAAGGUAAUUGUGAAAUUGUUAAUAUACCGAUAACGGCCUUAGAAUCUCGUCUUUGUAUAAAGAAGUGCGUGCGCCGAAAUAAAUUAAAGAAAAUACUGCACGGCCUCCGUCGGCGAAACAGAACAUCGUAAAAGGAACCUAUAUUGUAUUUUAAUAAAUAGAUAUAUCUGAAGAUUCCAGUCUAUUUGAACGCAAUUAAUUUAAAAUGCGGCUAUCAUGCAUUUUAAACAGUCUGUAAAUAAAGGAAUUCGUUAGGGCAACUGCGCAGAAGCAGUAUAACGAUAACAACGGAACUGCAAAUAAACCCUCUAAUGCAAUAAUUCCGUCUUUAGGGAAGGAAUCAUCUUUUUCUUAAUGGUGCGUACGAUUAUCCGUUUCAGCAGUGAGCAAAGCGGACGAUGCAAAAGGUCACGUGAUCACUGGAACAAAUUAAUAACUGUACAAUAAACGAACGGUAUGGAGCGAAUGAUGAUUAAACAUAACCUCUAAAUUUUGUACAUUUUGGCUGGUCAAGUACUAAAUCGUGGGAAUGUGUAUAAAUAUUCAUUGCAGAUGUCCAAAUAAAACAAAUCGCAAACCAUAACAGUCAAUCGAAGAAGAUACAAAGGCUAUAAUUUCUAGGUUAAAAUAAAUAUGACCACGUGAUUGCGUUAAUUGCGCCCCGUCUGCCUAUAUCAUGAAAUGGAGUGUUUUUCUCCGUUUUGUAAUAAAAAACGAUACGAAGUUAACACUUUUCUAGUGCAUCAAUAAACGAACUUAAGUUGCAUUGUCCAUCAACGAUCAUAAACAACGUAACUGGAAAGGAAACCGGAAUAGGCGUAACG